AUGGCUCGGACUAGGAAAACGGCUGUUGACCCCGAGUAUAAAUCAGAUGAUUCAGCCGGUACGCCGGUUGAAGACGUUCCUUUUGAUCAACCAGGCGUUCCAAGUACGCCUGGUGAUGAGAUUUUGGAAGAGUCCGGGAGCUCAAGCGGUGAAGAAAUCGAUCAGGAAGCCGGAUCUUCAGAGUCCACAAUGACGUCGGAUGCCCCAGAACAAGAUGAGGAGGCAUACAGCUGGCCUUCAAUCAACAAUCCAUUGGAGGCGCACAUGAGCGACUGGGAUGUUGUGACAUUAAACGCAACACUCGAAGCUUUUUUGAAAAAGCGUCCGGUAGGGGAUGGCUGGGAGUUGGAGAAAGGAUUAGAAAUGACUCCUCCUGAAAUGACGCCGGCUAAGUCAGCCGCUGAAAUUAGGAAAGAACAGCUAGAGCAGAAACAGGCCCAACUUGCUGCCCGGGGCAGUGGGACGGGAAGCCAGAACGUUCCCCGCUCAAUUCGCCAGAUGGUGAGACCGGGUGGGGAGCUUCCUCAACCGCCUCCACAAAGGCGCAGGGUCCUAGGUGGCCCUACUCCAUCAUCAGCCGGCAGAAUACCGGCUCCUGAGAGGCCAAUUACUACAGGAAAAAGUCUGCAAAGUCUAGGCCUGAGCUGUGAGCCGGCUGAGACCGGAUCUAGGGAGCCUGCUUCGUCUAGCCGGGUGCCGGCUAUUGCUUCCGGCUCCAAUGCGACUGGGGGUGGUGGCACCCCUUAG